ACAGCAUGUCUGGAAGCCCCGAGAAAAGCCUGACUGCUCAGGAGCUGAAGGAGCAAGGAAACCGCCUGUUCCUCAACAGAAAGUACCAGGAAGCCGCGGCCUCCUACAGCAAGGCCAUAGUCAGGAAGGAACUGAAGCGGAGAGAGUGCCCCUGUUGCUGGUGGAGAUCGAACCGUAACCCAUCUGUGGCUGUGUACCACACAAACCGUGCCCUGUGUUACGUGAAGAUGCAGCAGUUUGAUAAGGCGGUGGCAGACUGUAAACAUGCUCUGGAGUUGGACAGCCAGUCUGUUAAAGCCCAUUUCUUCCUGGGACAGUGCCAACUGGAAAUGGAGAACUACGAUGAAGCUAUUGGCAACCUGCAGAGAGGUGCAACAAUUUCAGGCCCAGUCUACUCAACCUCUUCUCAGAAGAUUGUCCCUCCAUAUAGGGAAGGAUAUUCUUGGCAUGGAGAGAAUGCAGUGGAUAUUAAUGAGACUGAUUUCUGGGAUUAUAGAACUGUCCUCUGCGGAGAGGUUGCAGACACUGUGCCUGUGUUCUCAGGAGUUCAGAGGAAUGGAAAGCUCAGCUUGAAGACCGAAGUUGGAGAUGGUCUUGGUUCUGGCCUGGAGGAGUCGAAGAUUGAAGAGUUUUCGCUCAUCUUACAGAAACGAGAUAUUCCUGAUUACCUAUGUGGAAAAAUCAGUUUUGAGUUGAUGAGAGAGCCAUGCAUCACACCAAGUGGGAUUACAUACGACAGAAAAGAUAUAGAGGAACACCUUCAGCGGGUAGGGCACUUUGAUCCUGUAACACGAAGCCCUUUGACUCAAGAACAGUUGAUUCCAAAUCUGGCUAUGAAGGAGGUAAUAGAUGCAUUUAUAUCAGAAAAUGGCUGGGUGGAAGAAUACUGAACUGGAUUUAACAGCAUCAGAACUUGCACAUUUGCACUGCAACGGCAACUCGAUGACUUGUACUAACCAGAUGAGUGAGAGUGAGCAAGCCACAGAGCCCGAGCGAGGGAGAAAAAGGGGAUGUGCAGGGGACAUCUGUGGCUGUGUGCCUGAUGGGUCACUUAUUAUUUUGCUUGUUUAAAUUUCUUUACAUGCAUGUAUGUAAAUCUCAUUUGCCACAGAAAAUCUGAACCUUGAAUGAUUAUUAAAGUGUUUCUGGCUCUUUAAUAAUGCUUGGUGCAGUGGGGAUAGUCUCUUUCACUCGAUUUUGGUUUCUUUAUCUUUUUUAAUCAUGUGAUAAAUUAAGUGAAUUCUGUUCUGUAGGACUUUGAGAUGAGCUUUGAUUGUGAAAUGUUGUAUCUGAUUUCUGUAAGUCCCUGACAUUAAGUGCACUUGAGCAGUUUGUAUGCCUGAACGUGUAAUAUAUCUCCAUUCACAUUUGGCAGAUUUAAGUUUAUUUUAUUCACCAUUUAAAUUUCAAUCCUUGCCCCUUUCCCUCAUUUAGGUCUGUUUGCCGUCAUAAUGCUUUGCCUUUCAGCUGGUAGGCUUGUUCAGCUGGAAUCCAAGCAGAGUUCUCUGUGUUUGCUGUCUAUAUGGUCAUCACCUGGUGUAUCUCAAGAAGACAGUGUAGAAUUGUGCAGUGAAAUUUAACGCUGCUUUUGGUGCUGGUGCUGGGUUUGCUUCAGAUAGGUGGUAUCCACCUACAGGGAGCGAAUUUGAGAUUGAUGUGUGGCAGUUCUUUUCUGGAGUUGCUCUUGGUGACUGCACCCGAAUCCAGCCAUAAACAUCUUGUUGAGCGGUUUGUUCUUUACUGAAAUUUCUGUGGAUCCAUAGCUCACCAGUGUAACACCUGCAAGACAUGCCAGUGAUAAACAAGCAGUCCCAAGGAAAGAGGCCAGUGAUAUGAAUUGAAGGUAAAGUCUGUGAUUAUGUUUUGGAAAGUUUUAUUACACAUAUACCAUGGAUCAUUUUAGAUCAGCCGCUAAAGCAACAUGCUCAUCUGUGCCUAAAGUAAAGUGGUGACUAGAAGCUGUUCAGGUAGUUUGUCCAUUAGUAAGAGUAGUUCAAUAACUCAUAACAAAUGUAAUAAACCGUUAAUGCUCAGUCACUGAAAACUAAAGCAGAAACACUUGAAUUCAAAGAAAUGCAAUCUAUUCAACAGACCUUUGGACUUCUCCCUCCCUCCCUGCCUAUCAUUCCCCUCACACACCCCCCACACAAACAUAUUUUUAGAUAGGAAGGUAACUGUGAAGUCUGCAAAUUUCAAUUGCUUUCCCAUGUGUUUUUGUCCUAUCUUUAAAAAAGGGUUACUGAAAAACGUUAGCCCAGGAAAUCCCUGACUUUAAUGUCUUUCUAGCAGUAUUUAACAUAGCAAUCUGAGGUUUCUGAUCAAUUUUAUUUUUAAUACUUUUCAGAAAAUCAGAAUCUGGCACAUCUGAAUGCAAGUAUUAAAAUAUUCACAUUUUUAGGUUGGUACGUCCCUCUUAAAGGGAGUAUUCAUUACCUUAAUAAAAUUAUAAAUGAUUGUAAUUUUGGUUAUCGUGUAAAUUAUUCAUUCUGUAACUGCCCAUAUCCUCCCCUCUUCCUCUACACAUUUACUUACUUCUGAUCUUUUCAAUGGAUAUGGUAGUGAGAUAUCACAGCAAAGUGUGGGUUUCUGUACUGAUGAUAUCUCAUUGCACUGAAGGAUUAUUGGGAUGGAGAAUGUUAUUUGAUGUUGCAUCAUCUUGGGUGUGUUAUAGCUUUGGGUUUUUUUUCUGCUGCCACUGGGAUUUUGGACACUGAUUAGUUCAUAUCCCUGAGUACAAUCAGGAACUCAAGGCCAAGAAAUAAGUUUUGCUUUGUGUACCUGCUUUGGGUGAAAUGGGCUAUUCUAGCUUUCCAUGUACAGUUGCUCCCAUAGCUUCAUUUUUUUGUUUGUUUCCAACCAUGUAACGUGGGUAAAAGUGACCAGAGAUUUACAACUGCAGUGAUUUCAGUUCAGUUUUAUUUUGAUGAUUAAAUAUUUAAUGUAUGAAUUUCGAGGCACCUGAAGUCACCUUUGUGUUUUGUGUAUGCUUUAUUAAAUAGAUGAAGAAUUAAACAGUUGUUAAAAUAUCAGAGUUUACAUGCAGUAUCUGGUUUGUAUUGCUGUGUAGAUGAUUUGGAUUUGAAGCAUGGCUGAAGUUACUGUUUCAUAUCUUAAACUGUGGAGCGGAUACUCCACUGCACCAAAGUCAAUUCAAAAAUGAUCACUUCUGUGUAGUCCCCAUGCAGUAAAGAACGUGACUGACCUGAUUGUUCUUCAUUUACUAUUGCUCUGUAUGAAGGGCAAGUUUUGCUCUAAACCGGCUUUUUAAAAAUAAAUUCUAAACAUUAGUCUUGCCCACCUCCCUUCACCUUGGUUCAUCAACAUCCAAUCCUAAGAGGAGAAUGGCCUAAAUUGAGUUUUCUGCAUGCUGUCCUGAUCAGUGACCCUAAGAUAAUUUGGACAUGGCUAGGAAACAUUGCUGGUAUAGGAAUCAAGAUUUUGCAUCCCAGCCAACAUAUGGAACAAACUGAAUGUAUUGUUUAACUGUUACAGCUAUUCACGUUUCAUGAAUUGCAUCCUGGGUGUGUAAACCUCCUGACUGAAACUAUUUUAAGAUGCCUUUUGCUGUGGAUUGGAGGCAUCUAUCUAAUUAGCUGUCUGAGAGAGAAAACCAUCCUCAAUCUGGAUUGGAUUUAAUACUGUCUAAGACUUGAAGAGUCACUGUU